CACGCCCCAUGAGCAUUGGAAGGCGUAGGAAAUCAAAACAGAAGAAUCAAUCUUGGACCAGAUCAUGGAAGAAUCUACCGGUGUAAUUGGCGACGAUGAGUGUGUUCUACCAGAAGAUACGAUGCUAAUAUUGCAGCAAUUCCUGCAGGAGAAAGCAAUGAGGGAGCGGUCGGAAGCUACGGAAACAGAUGGAUGCUUUGAAGAAAACUGGCAACUAAGUCAAUUCUGGUACAACGAGAAUACUAAACAAAAGCUUGCCCUUAUCGUGGAAACGUUACGAAAUCGUCAAGUUCCAUUACUUCCCGAAUCAAACUUUAAAGUCGCAUUACUGUCGGCGCCUUCUGCCUUGAAGCACGUGCAAGCUGUUCAUGAGGAUGUAAUUUUGUUUGAAUUUGACGAACGAUUUACGAAAUACGGCGAAAGGUUUCGCAAGUACGACUACAACAAAGCAUACGAACCGGAAUACAUGGACGAAUUUUGCCAUCAGUUCGAUCUGAUUAUUGCUGAUCCCCCAUUUCUGUCUCAAGAAUGCAUAUCGAAAAUGGGUACAAUAAUCAAAAAAAUUGCAAAACAAGACGGAAAAGUGGUACUUUGCUCAGGUGCAGUUGUACAGGAUUGGGCCAAAGAGCACCUUAAUUUAGAUUUAUGUGAUUUUCGACCAGAGCAUGAACGCAAUCUAGGCAAUGAAUUUCGAUCGUAUGCGAACUUCGAUUUGGAUGGUAUCUUAGAUAAAGCAAAGUGAA